AUGGCGAAACCUCUGAUGGAAGAUCAGAAGAAGAGAAUGUCAUUAGUGGUAUUUAGGCCUAAAACUCAAGGCAGCGGCAAUGGGGGUUCCGUAAAACAAGCUUAUCAUCAUCGUCAAGUAACUCCAGAGAAGACGACAAUGAAGGUCCUCCUGCAGUUGAGGAAUAAAGUACCAAAAUCAUAUUCCGAGGAAGAGGAUAGUGAAGAAACUUAUUCAAGUAGUAAAUUAGGUUCAGACUACGGAAACAGCAGUUAUUCGCCACAGUAUGUUAGUUCUACUGCUGGGAAAUCAGCAGGUUCGCGUCUGCCUCGGUGGAUAACAACUGGGCGGAGAGGGCGGAAAGGCUCACGGCCAUCAGCAUCAGCAUCAGCGUCAUCAUAUAAUUCUGAGAAAGAAGAAGAGCCACCGUUUGGUGAUAUGGAAGCAGCCGAAGCUCUGUUGAUGUUGUCUAAGGGCCUUUCUCUUGAUGAAACCAGAAAGUUGCAAACAGAAACGGACAGCAUUGUUAAGUUUCCAGAGUACAACUUGAUAAAGAAGCGAAAAUUAGAAGACUCUGGUGUUGGCUAUGCAGAAGAACGAUUAAAGAUACCGAGAAUUGAGAAGGAAACUAAUAAUUACAGAGAUGAAUCCAGUAUGGAUACUAUGACUAAGAAGAAUGUAGAAGCAAUUCACAAGCAGGUACCCACAUUAUUAUCUUCUGCUUCUGGUAAUUUCAGGUGUGACAAUUGUGGGAAAUCAUUCGGUUGUUAUCAAGCUCUGGGUGGUCAUAAAUCAAGCUGCAACAGCAAUUACUUGAAAAGCGAAGGAGGCGAAUCUGCACCCCAAGGUUCAAUGAGAAAAAUGAAUAAUGAAUCAUCUAAAGAUCUCGCAAAUUCAGGUCCCCAUCAAUGCAAAUAUUGCGAUGAGAGUUUUUCUACUGGUCAAGCUCUUGGAGGACAUCAAAGGCGACAUAAAAGGGAACCAGUUGAGCUUCAUGUUAGCAGGUCAUCCGUUUCACCACCAAAGAACAUCAGUGGGAAUUCUUCAAGUCCAACUAACUCAUUGACAUCAGUUCAAGAAGCAGCUGAAGAAAAUGUAACCAGUAAGAAGAUUAUACUGUUAGACCUUAAUGAAGAUCCACCAAUGGAAGAGGAUGAUGAAGAUAUCCACCAAUGGAAGAGGAUGAUGAAGAUCCACCAAUGGAAGAGGAUGACGGAUAUAUUGGCUUCAGAUGUCCUGAACAACUGA